AUGAAGCCGUCUCUACAGGCCGUUUAUCUCGCUGCUGUCGGUGUCACUGCUGCGCAAGAGACAGCAAAAUGGCCGCUGCAGUCAUUCAAAAGCACCCCCCUCCAAGCACCAUAUAUGAACGUCACCAAGCACGGACAAACAGAGCUUGGCUACCUCUUCGUCUCGCCCCAUGAUAUUCUACGUGAAACGGGAUAUCCCGCAAUAUACGCCGACGACGGGCAACUCGUCUGGCGGGGACCGCAGAUGAAUAUCUCCGCGUAUCAGCCUCAGAUGCUAGACGGCGAGCCAGUUCUCGCCUACUGGAACGGAUAUCUAUUCGAUGGCUUCGGCUUCGGUGGUAUUAGCAUCCUGAACAAUUCCUACGACGAGAUAUACCGUGUUACUCUGCCCGGGGAUCACAGAUUCUCCACCAUCGCCGACCCGCAGACAUUCGAGUCCUAUAUCGACAUACACGAGAGCCAAAUUACCGACGACGGCACUAUCCUCGUUACAGCGGUGAAUAUCACCCAGAUGGACCUGAGUUCAAUCGGCGGGCCAAAGGUCGGCUGGGUGCAGGAUGGUCUAUUCUACGAGAUCGAUAUCAAGACAAACGAGGUCCUCUUCCGAUGGAGCACAGUCGAACAUCUCUCCGAGGUCCCAUUGUCAGAUAUCGUCCUGCCUCUUGAAGAUUCGGGACAAAACAAGACUGCACCAUUCGAGUACCCACACCUCAACUCCGUAGCGAAAUACGGCGACUCAUACCUCGUCUCUUCACGGUUCAUGUGCACCCUCUUCUUCAUCGACAAACACGGCAACGUAACUUGGCAUCUACACGGACAGAAAGGCGGGUCAUUCACACUCACCCCGGAAGCAAGUUUCUGCUUCCAGCACGACGCGCGCUUCAUCUCGCAAACCGACGAAAGCAUCACACUGCAGCUACACGACAACGAAAACGCAGGUUACACCAGCGACACCAAGAUCACCACCGGUCUGAUUCUGCACCUUGAUCUGAAGGAGAGCACUGCAUCAGCUGUGCAGAGGUUCUGGGAUGCAGAGGAGCCCGUUUUCGCGCAUUCGCAGGGUAGUUACCAGAAUCUAAGCAACGGGCAUGUCCUGCUUCAACACGGUGCGACGCCGAAACUGGAGGAGUAUGACGAGGAUGGUGCAUUGGUGAUGAGGGCGCGGUUUGGGUAUGAUGAGACUUUGCAGUCGUAUCGGGGUUACAGAACACCCUGGCUUGGACGUCCCAGGACCGUUCCUGAUGUGGUUGCUUGUGCUGAGAAGGGCAGGACGGUUGUUUAUGUGAGCUGGAAUGGGGCGACGGAUGUGCAGUCGUGGAGGGUUACGGCGCAGUCAGACUCUGAAGAGGUGAGAACUGUUCCUAAGAAUGGCUUCGAAACGGAGGUUCGGCUUGAUAUUGUGACUGAGAAGGUGCUGGUGGAGGCUGUUGGGGGUGUUGGUGAUGGGACGAAGUCUGAGGUCACCGUUGGGGAUGCCUGUUAA